AUGUCGGAUUUGAUCAUGCCGUCACCUCUCAGGCGAGGACCCGAGGCAGCAGAGACAGCGCCCGACAGCAAGAAAGGCAGGGGGGACCAGCCAGAAGAGGGGCACGUCAAUGCGAAACUAUUACGUCAAUUGGAGUCACGGAUGCGGACGCUAAUAUUCGGAGCAGGUCUAGCGGUGCACGGCCCCAGCGACUCGAACCUCGUGGGCAUGCUGAAGGCGACGUGCAACACCUACCAGAAGCAAGUACCGGGCAAGGCCAACGCUCAUGGUCUGGGCCCACCAAAAUUGCAGAGUUUAGCAGCACUUUUGAGCGGUUUCAGCGCGUGGUUCGAGCAGCAGAGCGGAGCUCAAAAUUCGGUCAAGCAGCUCAAGGAGAUUCCAGAGCAUCUGCUGUUGAUGCUGCAGAAGUCGGACAUGCAGCAGGCCAGUCUUUAG